AAAAUAAAAUCACACCAGCCCAUAACCACCCCAUAGCUUACCCAUGAAAGACUUCCCUUCUUUCUUUCUUCCCUCCUCUUAUCUUCUGACUACAUCCCCCAGAUAAACUCUUUUACUCCACGCCACUCUCUUUUCCACCUCAUAUCGACAUCAACAGAGCAUUGUAUUUCUUCCCCCCAUUGCUUAAUUGAACACUGCCGCUCGCCGGUCCUGCCUGUGACGUCUUCCACACCCGAGACCACCAACAUCAAAAAAGACGAAACCAACGCCUCCGGCAUCGCCACAGUCCUCACCCCCAACAAUCCCCCUCACGAUGAGCACGACAGAUGGGAAUAAACCAAACGAGUCAAACGGUAACGGAUCACCAAACGAGCCCAGGCGUGUUUCAAUCGAGAUCGGCGAAUACGCCCCUGCCGACGCCUACUACGGUCUGAAGAACACCGCUCACCAGAACCCGCGGAGACAGUCGACCUUUUCUACCAACUACGCUGCUUCACGAGUCCGCGAGGACACGCUGUCCGAACUGCCAGCUCGCCGUGGUAGCCAUGAUGAGAGCACUCUCGGACAACUCAAGUUCCUGAUCAACGUCGACAGCACACUCGAGAACCUGCAGAAGCAGGAAGACACCGACAAUAACUUCCAAAUCACCAUCGAGGACAAUGGCCCGAAGGUCAUCUCCCUCGGAACCGUCACUUCCAAUGGCUUCCGACGCCAUGAUAUCCGCGGCACAUACAUGCUCUCCAAUCUCCUCCAGGAACUGUCACUGGCCAAGGAGGCCGGUCGUCAUAUGAUCGUCCUGGACGAGUCGAGGCUGAAUGAGAACCCAGUGAAUCGCCUGACCCGCCUCAUUAAGGACACUUUCUGGGAUAGGUUAACCAGGCGCAUUGAUGGACACGUCAUUGAGAUUGCUGGCAGGGACCCCAAGGACUGGACGGAUGACCCGAGACCCAGGAUUUAUAUCCCGAGAGGCGCACCUGAGCAGUUCGAGUACUACACCCAGGUGGCCAAGGACAGACCGGAAGUCCGGUUGGAUGUCCAGUGGCUGCCGGAGAAGAUCACCCCUGAAAGUGUCCGCGAUAUGAACGCGAAACCAGGGCUUCUCGCUCUGGCAAUGGAGGAGUUCCGCGAUCCUAGCACCCAGAAGAUGACGCUGAGAGGUGUGCCUUUCGUCGUGCCUGGAGGUCGCUUCAACGAGCUGUACGGAUGGGAUAGCUACAUGGAGUCUCUCGGUCUCAUUGUCAACGGCCGGGUCGACUUAGCCAAGGCCAUGGUCAUCAACUUCUGCUUCUGCAUCAAGCACUACGGCAAGAUCCUCAACGCGAACCGCUCCUACUACCUGUGCCGCUCGCAGCCACCCUUCCUCACCGACAUGGCCUCCCGCGUCUACGACAAGAUCCAGCACGAAAAGGGCUCGCGCGAGUUCCUCCGCCUUGCCACCCUCGCCGCCAUCAAAGAAUACCGCAGCGUCUGGACCGCUGAGCCCCGCCACGACCCCAUCACAGGCCUCUCGCGCUACCGUCCCGAGGGCCUCGGCGUCCCCCCGGAAACCGAAGCCUCGCACUUCAUCCACAUCCUCGAGCCGUACGCGAAGAAGCACAACCUUACCUUUGACCAAUUCGUCGAGGCCUUCAACAACCGCGAGAUCCUCGAGCCAGAACUCGACGAGUACUUCAUGCACGACCGCGCGGUCCGCGAGUCCGGGCACGACACGUCCUACCGCCUCGAGCGCACGUGCGCUGACCUCGCUACCAUCGAUCUAAACUCCUUGUUGUACAAAUACGAAGUCGACAUCGCGCGCAUCAUCCGCGUCCACUUCGAUGACAAGCUCGCCGUCCCCGCCGAGUUCUGCACGGGUAACAUGGUAGCGGGCCAGCUCGAGACGUCGGCGCUGUGGGACCGCGCGUCGCGCGCGCGCAAGAAGGCGAUUAACAAGUACCUCUGGAACGAGGAGAAGGGUAUGUUCUUCGACUACAACACCGUGUCGCAGCAGCAGCAGACUUACGAGUCCGCUACCACCUUCUGGGCCAUGUGGGCUGGUCUCGCGUCGCCGAAACAGGGCGAGCAGAUGGUCGCGCAGGCGAUUCCGAUCCUCGAGGCCGCUGGAGGACUAUUAUCUGGUACCCGCCACAGUCGUGGCGAGAUCGGCCUCGAGAGACCGAAUCGGCAGUGGGAUUAUCCGUAUGGAUGGGCGCCGCAGCAGAUGUUGGCGUGGACGGGACUGCAGAGAUAUGGACACCAGGAUGUUGCCGAGAGACUGGCGUAUAAGUGGUUGUACAUGAUUACGAAGGCGUUUGUGGAUUAUAACGGUGUGGUGGUGGAGAAGUAUGAUGUUACGCGCCCGGUGGAUCCGCAUAGGGUGGAUGCCGAGUAUGGGAAUCAGGGGUUGGAUUUUAAGGGGGUUGCUAAGGAGGGCUUCGGAUGGGUAAACGCCAGCUACGUCUACGGAAUGCAGAUCUGCAAUGUGCACAUGCGUCGCGCGCUGGGGACUUGCACACCGUACGAGACGUACCACAAGAUGACCGAGCAUGGUCUGUAAGCUGCUCUGCGGUUCUGCGUCCCUUCCUGUCCUGUCCUGUCCGUCCGUCUGCCUCCGUCCGUCCUUGUCCCAAUACGAGAAGGGCUUUUGGAUACACAUGCACAUAUGCACGUACCCGCCCUUUGUGCGCAUAUUCAGCGUCUUUGGCGCGCGCGUGCUAGGACCCCGCGUAUCACCAUCAUCUGAGGUUAGGCACUCCUCCACAGCGAGCGGUAUGGAGAUGUAUGGGCCUUCUCUACCCCCGGCUACCGUGUGCUAUCUUGUGAUAGGGGGUAUGACGAAAGAGAUGGAUCGGGUCUUGUAGACUGUAUACUAUCACCACUGGCAUCAUUGGGGCAUAUAUCAUACAUGUGGCAUACAGAACACACAUGGGAUACAGGACAUUGGCGGUGUCGGUGUUUUUUUUUUCGGCUUUGCAGGGUGUAGAAUGUGGUGGGGUGGUGCUGCAUUAGGAGGUGUAUGAAUGGAUUGAUGCGUGGUUGGGGGGUUGUGCACGAGAUGGGAUGGGAUGGGGUUGGUGUAUGGCAUGGGUAUGCGUUGCAGGCCGGGUUGUGGAUGUAGAUAGGAUUAGGAGUAGGAGUUAAAUAAAGGGUCUUUGAUCAACUAUCCUUUCCAUCCCCCUGGCGAAUCGCCACGCAUACACCAGGAACAAACCCCCAUAUCAUCUCUCUCAUAUACCCCUCUCUCUCUCCACGUUUUAACGUUUGUAUAAUUAUAACAUUUCUAGCCUAAAACAAGCUAAAAUAAAAUGGCAAAAACAUAUAACAGUGGG